AACUCUUAGCUAAUGCACUUCAGACAUACUAGUAUCUCCUUCUUAAGAGUAUGUCUCUACAACCUGUCAGUCAUAAGGACCCAGAGGAAGAAUUGGAAGAAAAACGAUCCACCACCAUCUCUCAGAUGUUUGCCAAAGCCACAAAAGCCUUCGUGAAGGACACAGAUCAUGAGGGACGCCUGAUCCCUGUGUCCAGUCUGAAUGACACAGACAAACUGAAACUCCGAUCACUCAUUGUCAAGACCAGGCACAGAUGCUUCUGGCAGGAACCCAAAUACCAGUCCCCUGGCUUUACCCUCGGUGAUGUCCUGAGGCCUGGAGAGCCUGGAAACACACCUUUAAGCCCAACCGUCAAGGAGUCUGACUUUGUGGACUACAGUGGGAUAUUUGGUGACAAGAAAGAAAUGAACACAGACGGAAACAUUGAGGCUAAGUUGGCUGAUUUCAACAUUACCGUGAGAGGGAAAUGGUCCACCAAACAGAAGCUGUCCCUUGGCAGCCUGAACAAAGAGAAGGUUGAUGUGAAGGAGUUACACAACUACUCAAAAGACAGAGUUCUGGACAUGUCCCAUCCUGUGAUCAAGCAGACCCGUGCGAAUCCCAGGGCAGUGUUAGGCGUCUUGACGGAGAGGAUUAUGACAUCACUACCUUGCCCGGUCACAAACAAUGUCCAGAAGCGUGGAAAUGUAGGAGCCAACGUGAGUGCCUGUGUGUUCCUGAGCGGGAAGGCCUCUAUGAAGCAGAGCGGCAGUACUCAGACAGAUAGUGAUGUGUCACUCGGUAUUCCUGCAAAUACUGUCAUGGCCUACAGUCUGAUUGAACUCUACGUCAAAUGCAAUGGAAAGUUUGAGCUGUGCCUCAUCUGCAACAAUGGGGGCUUUGAAAUAGAUAAGUCAAAGGACGGGUUGGAAGUAGAUGGAAUUAUGGACCUGGGAGGCGACUUUGAUGCCAACAGCCCCCUAAAUCUGAACGAAGAACUGGAGAAACUGAGUGGUCAUUUCCAGCUGCUGUCAGUCCUGUCAGCAGCCACACGUUCCUCUCUGCUCCAGCUCCUCAAGACAACCAUGGAGGACAGAGAGGCAGUCAGUGUGCUGGAGAGUGUGCUGGAUCAGAUGUGUGAUGGUGAGACUCCUGACCUGGGUGAUCUGCAAGAGUCUGAGAGGGAAACAGUCCAGGCCAUACUGGAUCUUGUAGACCAAUGUGUUGGGAAGGAUGAGGAUGAGUUCAGAUCCUCACUUCUCAGUGCCGUCCACCUCAUUGUCAGUGCCAUGGACGGAAUGACAGAUGAGGGUCUCUCUGUGUUGGGAUCCUGUUGCAGUCCUCCAGUCUUACAGGCCCUGCAGAUCCUGGUGCAGCAUGUGGCAGCAGGGAGUGGGGAGACCCUCUCUCUGAGAGAUGCAGGUCUGGCUGUUCUGACUGAGGAGGAGGUGUUUGGGAGGACAGAGAGUCUCUUUGGUCACUCUAAAGUUACACUGAAGAGAGAGGACACACUGAGGACAGAGAUGAAGGACCAGCCUGGAUACCUUCCUCUAGUCAUGAGUAUCACUGUGAAAGGCCUGGCCUCUUUACUGUAAGCUGAGAGAAAGAGACAGAGCGACAGAGAGACAGAGAGAUGUGACCUGUUGCCACAAGAAAAGGGCAACCAGUGACGAACUCAUAUUUAUGUUUAUUUAUUUUCCUUUUGUACUUUAACUAUUUGCAGAUCGUUACAUCACUGUAUAUUGACAUUGUUAGCAGUUGAUGCUGUUCUUCAACAACACAGAGCCCAAUGCAAAUCAGGGGGAGAAAAACAUUUUUUUCAAAGAGAACAAAUCAUAGUGGUUGUGCUAGAAAGUAGAUGAUAGAUGGUUAUUCUUCCCUGUCCUCAAUGUUUCUCUAUUGAACAAAGAGACAGGAUGUAGUUUAUACCCAAGCCUAGCUUGUGGUUGUCAGGGAACUCAAAGCAGCAGGAGGGGUGAAGUCAGGCGCAGGAGACCAAGGUCCGUGAACACACGUUUAAUAGGCAAUAGUCCAAACUGCCAACAACAUGUAAAGCAGGGCAAAAAUACCAAAUACAGCAAGAGCCCGAAAACAGAGUAGGGGCGCAGCCCAAAAACUCGUUGCCUUAAAUACACAAAAUGCAGAGGAAAAUGCCUCAACCCCAACCUAACCAAACCAGAGAAAAACAAUCACGCACAAUACCCAAACCUAAACAGAGAGACUAAAUAACCCCCCCACUAACGAUCUAACACAAUACCCAAACCUAAACAGAGAGACUAAAUAACCCCCCCACUAACGA